AUGGAAUUUAAACCAAAUCAAAAUAAUAAUAUAUAAGAAACAAUUCCCCCAGAAUCCCUAAUAAUAUUAUUUUUAUUCGCCAGUUUAGGCCUAUCAGCUUUAAUCCGUGAAAUAAACAAAAAAACAGGAAUUCCAUACGCCCCAAUGUUAUUUGUAAUGGGUAUAAUAGUUGGAAAACUAGCCGACAAUAUGGGUAUAAUAGGUGAAUCAAUAAAUAAUAUUAAAAACAUAAACCCUUAAGGCAUUUUAAUGAUAUUUCUUCCUAUUUUAAUAUUUGAAAGUGGCUUUAAUAGUGAUUGGCAUUCCUUUAAGAAACAAUCAGGUUAAAUAUUUCUUUUAGUAUUUCCUUGUGUAUUUCUUUCAGCCUUAUUUAUUCUUAUAUCUAUAAAAAUAAUACUAUAAUACGACGAUACAUAUUAUUCGUGGAAAGGAGCUUUUAUGUUCGGAUCUAUUCUUUCUUGCACAGACACAGUUUAAAUAUUAGCUUUAUUAAAAGAAGUCGGAGCCAUAAAAAAAUUCAAGUCUUUAGUUGAAGGUGAAAGUCUUUUAAAUUACGGAACUUCAAUUAUUUUAUAUGAAAUUUCAACUAAAUUAUUUAAAAAUGAAAAUAUGAAUAUUUUUGAAAUUUUGAAAUUGUUUUUUACAUUGUUUUUUGGUGGAAUUUUUUUGGGAAUUUUUAUUGGAGUUAUAGGUUAAUUUUGGAUCAAAAAAAUACAUAAUGAUCCUAUUUUAACUGUAAAUGUGACUUUUAUUUCAUGUUAUUUAUGUUAUUUUUUUGCCGAAAAUAUAGAUUUUGGUUUCUAAAUUUCAGGUGUAAUGUCUUUAGUGUCUUUAGGUUUAUUUUUAUCUAUUUUUGCUAAACCAAAAAUUUCUUUAGAAGAGGAAAAAGUAGUCCUCAUUUUUUGGAAAUAUGUGGUUUUUGCAGCUGAAUCUGUCAUUUUUUUGCUCGCGGGAAUUCUUAUAGGAGUUUAAGUUUUGACAGAUAGUUCCCUUUUGUAUGAUAUAAACGGUUAGUAGAUCAAUGAUAAGUAAACUAUUAUCUUCGGGGACUACUUUAGACUAUUUGGUCUUUAUUUUUGUAUGCUUUUUAGUAGAUUUGCAUCUAUUACGUGUGUUGUGAGAUGGUUGAAGAAAUGGGGCUACGGGAUCACGUGGAAGGAGGUUUAUAUGCUUAGUUUUGGUGGAUUAAGGGGAGCUGUGGGUAUAUCCUUUGCCAUUAUAGUUGCAAAUGAUGAUUAUUAUCCUUAGAAAUUUCGAGAUAUUGUACUUUUCGAUAUGGCAGGGAAUGCGAUUUUAAGCUUGAUUAUAAAUGGGACUAUUACAGGUCCUUUAAUUAAGGGUUUAGGCCUAUGUGUGAAUUAUAAUAUAAGGGAAAAAGUGUAUUUAGGAUUUUUAUAGAACCUUAAAUUAGAGAGUGAGAGGAAGAUUUAAUUUCUGAAAGGAAAUUCUUACUUGAAAAUGGUAAAUUGGAAUAUUUUAAAAGACUUAGUUGGUUUAGAAGAUUUUCAUUUGAAAAUUAAGUAAAUUUAAGAAGAAGUUCAAAAAAGGGAAAAAGAAGAAGCCUUAGCUAAAAAAUUAAUUGGAAAAAACGAAAUAGUUUAAAUUGAAAUGGUAGAAAACUUAUUUUCGACAAAAGAUUAAUAAAAUUUAUAAUAACAAUAUGAGCUUUUAGAAAAUAGUGAUAAUGAAGAAAGCUCGGAAAUUCAAAAUUUAGAUAAAGACAAGAUUAUUGAAGCAAGAAAUAGAUUUUUAUUAGCCUUAAAAGGUAUUUAUUGGAUUUAAUAUGAAAAACAUUAAUGUAGUUCUAGUACUUUAUUACUUCUUUUAGAAAGCGUAAACUGGGAUUUAGAUGCUUAAAAUGAAAGUAUGAAUAGUUGGGAGUUUUUAUAUAAUUAUUUCCAUAAUCCAUAUUAUAUAUAGAUACUUUUUUAAUUAUAAGUAGUUCCUUUUUUCAGAAAUAAAACAUCCAAUCUACUUUUUAAUUAAAUUGCAUUUAUAUAUGAUGUAGUUACUACUUAUAUAGAAGCUCAUGAGACUGUAGAAGAAAUUUAGAAAGAAUUUCCUAUAUCAGAUUAAAUAAAGGGCUUGAUUUCAAAGGAAAGCUUAAAUAAUAGAACUUCUGGUCAUCAAUAUAUAGUUGAUUAUAUUAAAAUCUCUUUUCCGGAAAUUAAGAAAUAAACUUAAACGAAAAAAGCUGCUUUUUCUCUACUUGAAAAAUAAAUGAAAUUAAUUUAGGAUUCAGUUAGAUUUGGUCAUAUAGAUGAUAAAUAAUUUCUAGAGUAAAAAAAAAAUAUCGAAUAAUUACAAAUUUAGCUUGAAAAUAUACAACCUUCAUGGAAAUUGCCUCCAAAGAAAUAAUUUCUGAUAGAAUUUGUCCCUUUUUUUUAGAAAAUACCGGAAAAAAUUCUCGAUAAAAUAAUAGAAUAAAGUACCGAAAUAAUCAUAGAAAAAGACUAAUAUAUAAUAAAAGAAGGUUAAAAAGCUAAAUUUUUAUAUAUAAUUACAAGAGGCUGUGCCACAGAAACAUGUUCUAAGACAUUCUAUACAUAUAACGAAAAAAAAACAGUUUCUGAUGUACUUUUUCAUUACUAAUUAGUACUUUAAAAUAUGAGAUAUGUUAGUUCUUGUAUGGCAGAUGCUGUAGUAUACGUUUUAGCCUUUCCACUUGAACCUUUAUAAAAGGUGGCAAAGUUUAAUUUGGAAAUUGAAGAACUUGUUUGGUAGUAAAGUCUUAGAGGACUUUCAUAAAUGUUUUAUGAUUAACUUUAACCUUUGGGAAAUUUAAAUAAAUAAAUGUGUGAUGAAGUUAUUUAGAAUUCUUUUAUUAAAAAAUAUACUUCUAAGUAAAUUAUCGAUUGCUUUAACGGUGGAGUACUUUUAAAAGGAAUUGUAAAAGGUAGAGAUAUAUAAAAUGAAUUUUCUUUUAAAUUUUUUAAACCUGGAUAAAUUUGCUGGUGUAAGAAAUCCUUAAAUAACAAGUUUAAACCUAAAUAAAUAUUUCAAAGUUGA